CCUCCCGGCCCCGAAGAGGUCUCGUUCCUUCGCGGGAUCUGAGCCCCGUCUUCACUCUCUCCCAGCCACGUCCUCCUCCCCGCAGAAAGGACUCGCCGGGAGAGCCAUGCGUUUCGCCUGGACCGUGCUCCUGCUGGGGCCGCUGCAGCUCUGUCCCCUUCUCCGCUGCGCCCCGCAGGCCCCGCGGGAGCCACCCGCCGCCCCGGGCGCCUGGCGCCAGACAAUCCAAUGGGAGAACAAUGGGCAGGUGUUCAGUCUGCUGAGCCUCGGGGCGCAGUACCAGCCGCAGCAGCGGCGACGCGACCCCAGCGGCGCCGCGGCGGCCCCGGGCCCCGACGGCAACGCCGCCCCGCAGCCGCGCACGCCCAUUCUGCUGCUGCGGGACAACCGCACGGCCUCUGCCCGCGCGCGGACACCGAGCCCGUCGGGGGUCGCCCCCGGCCGUCCCCGGCCCGCCGCCCGCCACUGGUUCGAAGCUGGCUUCUCGCCGUCGGGGGCCCGCGAUGGUGGGACCUCCCGGCGCGCAGGGAACCGGACUGCGUCGCCACAGCCCCCGCAGCUCAGUAACCUGAGGCCUCCCAGCCACGUAGACCGCAUGGUGGGCGACGACCCCUACAAUCCCUACAAGUACUCCGACGACAAUCCCUAUUAUAACUACUAUGACACGUAUGAGAGGCCCCGGCCUGGGAGCAGGUACCGACCCGGAUACGGCACUGGUUACUUCCAGUAUGGUCUCCCGGACCUGGUGCCGGACCCCUACUACAUCCAGGCAUCUACAUAUGUGCAGAAGAUGUCUAUGUACAAUCUGAGAUGCGCUGCGGAAGAAAACUGCCUGGCUAGCUCAGCAUAUAGGGCGGAUGUCCGAGAUUAUGAUCACAGGGUACUGCUACGAUUUCCCCAAAGAGUGAAAAACCAAGGGACGUCUGACUUCUUACCAAGCCGCCCUCGCUAUUCCUGGGAGUGGCACAGUUGUCAUCAACAUUACCACAGCAUGGAUGAAUUCAGCCACUAUGACCUGCUUGAUGCCAACACACAGAGGAGAGUGGCUGAAGGCCACAAAGCAAGCUUCUGUCUCGAGGACACAUCCUGUGACUACGGGUACCACAGGCGCUUUGCGUGCACCGCCCACACACAGGGAUUGAGUCCCGGAUGUUAUGAUACCUAUGCAGCAGACAUAGACUGCCAGUGGAUUGAUAUUACAGAUGUACAACCUGGAAACUAUAUUCUAAAGGUCAGUGUAAACCCCAGCUACCUGGUGCCUGAAUCAGACUACAGUAACAAUGUUGUACGCUGUGACAUUCGCUACACAGGACACCAUGCCUAUGCCUCAGGCUGCACAAUUUCACCGUAUUAGAAUGCAAGCCCAGCUCCCAUUGGAUAAAGCAGUGCCUGGUGUUUGGAAAUAUGAAAAAACAUAGAUUAGCUGCAGUAGGAAGGACUUACAUAUUUUAAAAGGCAAAUAACAAAGGAAGUUUUGUUUGGACUCUUUCACAACAAAUACCAUAACUGGAUUUUGAAUGUUUAAAUCAGCAUUAUUUGGGAAAUUUUAAAUACUUAUUCAUGCUGUUUUGUGAAUUAAUGGUGUCUUAAGUUUGUAGGUGCCUACUUGGCUCUUUCAAAGAACCCCAAAUUUCUUGUCUUCUUUUGAAGUGAUAGAGCAAAAGGAAAAAUGGUAUUUUAAUGAAUGAGCCCUAAUUUGAACUGAUUGUUUUCUAAAAUGCAGAAACCAGUAAAACAGCAAUAAUGGGUUUAUAUCUGCCUCAAUAUAGAUUAAUUUAAAAUGAUAUUCCUACUGUGUAAACAGGAGUGGAUACAUUUGGUGCUGAGGAAGGGUCAAAUACAUGACUAUUGUUGUCACGAAAUAUUACUCUAUAGCAGAGAGAUGGCAAUAUAUGUAUUCAGAUAGUUACAUCCCUAUAUAAAAUUAUGUUUACAUUUUUAAAUUACUAGAUAAUUUUCUUUCUGUUAAGUGCUUAAUUUCACUCUGAUUCAAGUCAACUUCUGUUUUGGAAUGAAUUAGAUAAUUCCAAGUUUCUGGCUGAUACUGGCUGAUAUUCCCCUCUCCACUUCAUUCUUCUGUUGACAGAUAUGUCUAAUGUGGCAAUCUUCACAUUACCAUUGUGGGGAUUAACAGCAUAGGGAAACCAUUUUGAUGACAUGUGUGAUCAAUGUAGAGCUGCUAUGCCCUGCAGCAUACUUUACUGUUAGCCAAAAUUAAGUCACUGCUGACAUAGAGAUUACAUGAUGAAUCUCUAACACUAUAACCAUCUUUAAAAUACUGUAAAAAAGAAUACUGGAAAACCUUCUGUGGAUUUUUUUCAACUCUACUACACUUCUAAAAUGUCCAACUAUUAAGGGGAAUGCUAAAAAAAAAAUGAAAUCAUCCAUAAUAGAUAACCUAAUGUGUGCAACACAGGACCAUCAUCCUAGAUUCUUCAGGAAUUGGCUGUACAUGUUUUUGUGUAUCUACAAAAGACAGUUCCAAAUUAGCAAAGCACAUAGCAUUGCAUACUUGAGAGGUUGGAGAAAAAGAGGGAAGCAGGUGCUUUCUGCAAAAAAAAAAAAAAAACAAAAAAAACAGGACUGCACACCACCACGAGACCGCUGUGACCUUACUUCAAACUGUGAAACUGUGCAGCAGAAGGAUUUGGAAACUCUUAAAUUCAGAAGGUGCAGAAAGAAUCAAGUUAGACUUUUUAAGUUCCUGGUGCUUAAGCUGAAGUUUUCCUUCAUUCACCAGCGUUAAAAUCUCAAGUCAGGUACCUCCUGUGCCAGAACGUAUCAGGUAGACCUUUCUCAGCAAGCUGGAGCCAUGCCUUACGUGUCACAGAGUUGUAAGGGUCACAGUCACUCAUCAUCCUACUGUACUUACUGAUGCAGGAGCAGGAGAGAGAGGCCAGAGAUGGGAAGUUGCUAGGGGUGGAUAGCGCGGUACACAUGAUUCUUAUCCGCCUGAGCACACAUUUGCCCAUAAGCACAUGAAGACGUAACUCAGAUUGAGCUGGUAUCUGACCCAAGGGGUCGCUUCUUUGAUGGACCUCCUUGCCUUAGAUUGCUUUUCAGUUUUAAGACUGUAGAAUGAUCCUUUCAAAUUAUAAUCAUUCUGAUGGAGUUAUUUUAAUAUACGUGCUUUUAAAAACAAAACUAAAACUACUGUCAGUAUUAAUACUGAACCAGACUGGCAUGCAUAGAUUUAGCAUCUUGUCUUAUUAAGAUUCUUAACUCUAUAAAAGAAAGUAGGCUAAUAAUACGAUGUUUAGGUAUUUAGGAUAGUAAUUUCAAUGAGACCUUUAUCUCUUUAGUCAUCAUUAUGUGAGGUAAGCCAAGCACUUACCUAAUAGACAUUGGAAAACAGAAAGACCAUCCCUUCCUUGCUAGGUAUGAAAAUUAGGCUCACCUUAUUUCAUUUUUUAACUGUUAAAAAUAUGUCUAUAGAAUUUAAAAUUUAAACACUGCUACUUGUCAUGGCCAUACUUUAUUUUUCAAAACAUAAAUUAAAAGUUAUUAAUUAUAUACAUGUAUGUAUUUCUAAUAAUUAAAAUAUGUUUCAAAUCCAAGAAAUGUCUGCCUUUUAAAAGUAAUUUGGACUUUUUGGUUGAUUGUUUUUUUCAAUUAAACGUCUGUUUAUUCAUAAACAUUUCUUUCCUUUCCACAAUUUUAAAGCACUUCAAAAUGAUUUGUAAGUAAUGACUCAAGACUUCAUGUAUUUAACCUUUGGGCAUCUGUUCUCCAAAGGACCAUCAAGAUCAUUAAUAAUUAGUUGGUUUAGACAAAUUAGUAUACUAAACUCUAGAUUUUUUAAAAUAAGAGGUGAGAAUGGCAAAAAGAACACCAAAGACUGAAAAGGAACUUGUUUUUACACUAAUAAAGGCCGUGAAAAAUAGACAGCAACACAGUUUAGUCUACCCUUUGCCAGCUACAUAGUGUCGUGAUCCUGAGACUGUGGAUUCCAUCUCCAGUGGGACCAUGGCAUAUCCUGUCUAGCUGCAGAAAACCUUCACACUUUAUAUAAGAACUGAAUUUACAAUUUCCAUCUAAUUGUUCCCUGGGCAUUCUUUAUAACAGUUGUGUGCUGCUCUUUAAAGUAAUGUUAGGCACAUGUGUGCACAUCAUUCUUUAUGCUCAGAAUUUAGAGGAAAUGGGGUUCACUAAAAGUUUUCCCCUACUGACCAUUAAUCUUCAGUAGAUUGUAUGAAAAUACUAAAUUCUUAGUCAGGAAAUAUUUUAGAAAUCAUUUUACUCAUAGUAUAUUAAGUAACCAAACUAUCCCUUUUGCAUAUGCCUCAUAUUUGAAUUUACAUACAUAACAUAAAAAAAUCAACCAUUUAAAUUUCAUUCCCAGAGUCCCAAAGUUCUAGGCCAUUUUGAGUACUGAUUUUGGUUAGCUUUCAAGCUGAAAUGGUGCUGAGUUAUCUGAACUUGAAUGUAAAAUGCAUUAAGUCUUAGCUCACGGGAUACAGACAUUUAAUAUUAUAUAUAAUUAAUAUGUGCUUGCUGCACACUCGGUCAUAUGUCAUUUGGUAUUAGAAUGUCUGUAAUGAAGUUUUAGUUUCUCCCAUUUUUUUUUCUGGAAGUUUUAUUUGUCAAAACAUUUGUAACUUGUUUGAGGAGCUUUUAUUUCAAAUGCCUAGCCACAGGCUUUAUAUUGAAUUCUCACACCCUUUUUUAUUAUGUGCUGUAACUGCAUGAUUACAUAUAAAAAUGCCUUGAGUAAAUGAUUUCAAGUGUCUAAAGUGGUCAUUUUGUUACCUACAAAUAAAUGAUCUGAAUUUCAUUUUUAGUUAAAACAUUAAAGCCGUAUGUAUGGUUGA